AGCCCUCCUACACCGUGAAUUAUCUGUGGGUCAGUGCGCUUCUUGGAAUUACAUUUUGCUUUGAUAAACAUCAACUUAAUAUGGUUUGAACCCACAGGGUAGAAAAUAUAAAAAGGUCGAUGAAACAGAGGUAUCAGAAAUUGACCACUGUAAACCUACCUCUCAUUACAGUGGAUCCUAAUAAUUCUAUUCUCUCAUUCCCUAAGUGGCAAAACAGGGGCAGAACCAGGACCAAGUUUAGACUACUCUUCCAUAAACUGUUUAGAUGAAAAGUUUCAAAGACUGAAGAAAUAAACCUAGUGCAAUGACUCUCUAUGUACUUAUCAUCCAAUUUCCAUAGUUAUCAGCACGUUACUUGUCUUGGACAAUUGAUUUUUAAUCUGAUUUUGGUGUCGUGUAUAACUUCACAGAGCUGUUCAGAAUCAGUAUCUUAGAGAGCAUACCCCAAGCAAAGAAAUAUGGCAAUAAGAAGAGAAGGACACAGCAUCUGAAACAAAAGCAGAUUGUCAAGAAAUGCUCCAAAUGUAGAAAAUUCUCUCAAGUUGUUUUGACAAUAGACUGGAAAACACAGACUUGCUCUGAAAGGACUCUGUUCCUUUAAAUUACUUACAGUUCCCACCCAGAUCUUGCACCCUGGCCAAAUGCCUGACCACUCUCGCUUAAACUUAGCCUAAUAAACAUGAAUCAAAGAUCGCAAAAGAUCCAAAUGCAAAGACAAUUUUUGUACCCCACAAAGCAGAGCAAUAUCAAGUAGCUAAUUCCAUCCCUGGUGGUAGUCUUUGCUGUGGACAUUUAUGCAACCUGUCUUAAAUUCCUGACGGUCAUUGUAAGAUUCUACAAGGCAGAUGAGAUUUCACCAUCUACCAUAAUGCGGAACAGCUAUUUUGCCUUCUGCCUCCUGCUUUUGCCAGCUUUUCUGAAUCAAACAGUGUAUGGACAAAGAAAGAAAGGACCAAAACCGAAUCCACUUGCAAGGAAAAAUGACUUCCGGGCCUCUGUUUGCUUCAUAGACAUCGUCUUCAUUGUGGACAGCUCUGAAAGUUCCAAAAUUGUCCACUUUGAUAAACAGAAAGAUUUUGUGGAGCGCUUGAGUGACAAGAUUUUCCAGGUGACUCCAGGUCACUCCUUGAAAUAUGACAUCAGACUGGCAGCCCUUCAGUUCAGCAGCUCUGUCCAAAUUGACCCACCUUUUUCUUCCUGGAAAGACCUGAAGACAUUUAAGCAGAGGGCCAAGUCUUUGAAUUUGAUUGGGCAAGGCACCUUUUCUUACUAUGCCAUCUCCAAUGUUACCAGGCUAUUUAAGAGGGAAGGGCGCAAAAAUGGUGUGAAAGUGGCUUUGCUGAUGACUGAUGGCAUCGACCAUCCAAAGAAUCCAGAUGUUAAAAGUAUUUCUGAAGAUGCCAGAACUUCAGGGAUAUCAUUUAUCACCAUCGGACAUUCCACUGAUGUCAAUGAAGCCAAACUUCGUUUGAUAUCUGGAGAUUCAUCCAGUGAACCCAUUCUACUCUUGAGUGACCCAACCCUUGUGGAUAAAAUUUGGGAUCGCCUGGAUAUCCUAUUUGAAAAGAAGUGUGAGCGCCAGAUGUGUGAGUGCGAGAAAGGGGACCCAGGCGAGCCAGGCGCUCCUGGUACACAUGGAAACCCAGGUGUCAAAGGUGAGCGAGGACCAAAAGGAAACCCGGGUGAUGCUCAAAAAGGUGAAACUGGAGAACAAGGGCCAAGGGGACUUCCUGGGUACAAAGGUGACAAGGGUGAACGUGGAGAAUGUGGUAAACCAGGAAUAAAAGGUGACAAAGGAUCUCCAGGACCAUAUGGACCGAAGGGACCAAGAGGACUUCAGGGCAUCAGUGGACCUCCAGGGGAUCCAGGCCCGAAGGGAUUUCAAGGCAAUAAGGGUGAGCCAGGACCUCCUGGCCCUUAUGGUCCUCCAGGAGCCCCUGGAAUUGGACAGCAAGGUAUUAAGGGAGAAAGAGGUCAAGAAGGAAGAACAGGCGCUCCUGGAGCAGUGGGAGUUGGUGAACCUGGGCAGCCAGGUCCCCGAGGUCCUGAGGGAGCUCCAGGAGAGAGGGGCUUACCUGGAGAAGGAUUUCCAGGACCAAAGGGUGAAAAGGGUUCUGAAGGACCAAUCGGCCCACCUGGAUUACAAGGCCUGUCAAUCAAAGGGGACAAGGGAGACUUGGGACCUGUGGGACCCCAAGGACCGAUGGGCAUCCCUGGAGUUGGAAGUCAAGGGGAACAGGGAAUUCAAGGUCCUAUUGGUCCACCAGGUCCACAAGGGCCCCCAGGACAAGGCUCACCUGGUCCCAAGGGAGAAAUAGGCCAGAUGGGGCCCACAGGCCCUAGAGGACCAAUAGGACUGGGAGUACAAGGUCCAAAGGGGGAGCCAGGCUCGAUAGGGUUGCCAGGACAACCCGGAGUACCAGGAGAAGAUGGAGCUGCGGGGAAGAAGGGAGAAGCAGGACUUCCAGGAACCAGAGGCCCAGAAGGACCACCUGGGAAAGGACAGCCUGGCUCCAAGGGCGAUGAAGGGAAGAAAGGGAGCAAAGGAAACCCAGGACAGAGGGGAUUUCCAGGGCCAGAGGGGCCGAAGGGUGAGCCAGGCAUCAUGGGUCCUUUUGGGAUGCCUGGAGCAUCAAUUCCUGGACCACCUGGACCCAAGGGUGAUAGGGGAGGACCAGGGCUGCCUGGAUUUAAAGGAGAACCUGGACUUUCUAUCCGAGGACCAAAGGGUGCUCAAGGCCCUCAGGGACCAGUGGGUGCUCCAGGACUCAAAGGAGAUGGCUAUCCCGGUGUGGCAGGACCCCGAGGAUUACCAGGACCCCCAGGACCAAUGGGUUUACGCGGAGUGGGAGAUACUGGAGCAAAGGGAGAGCCCGGGGUCAGAGGCCCUCCCGGUCCCUCGGGGCCUCGGGGCAUAGGAAUCCAAGGGCCAAAGGGUGACGUUGGGCAGAAAGGCUUGCCUGGUCCCCCGGGACCCCCUGGCUAUGGAUCCCAAGGAAUUAAAGGAGAACAGGGACCUCAAGGCCUUCCAGGGCCAAAAGGCACAAUGGGCCUUGGUCUCCCAGGCCAGAAGGGAGAGCAUGGAGAACAGGGCGACGUGGGAAGGAAAGGUGACAAAGGGGAGGUGGGAGAGCCCGGAUCUCCAGGAAGGCAGGGGUUACAAGGACCCAAAGGAGACCUGGGACUGACAAGAGAAGAAAUCAUCAAACUUAUUGUUGAAAUAUGCGGUUGCGGGCCCAAAUGCCAGGUGCCCUCCCUAGAGCUGGUGUUUGUGAUUGAUAGCUCGGAAAGUGUGGGGCCAAAGAACUUCCAGAUCGUCAAAGAUCUGGUGAAGACUCUGGCUGACCGGAUUGCCGUAGACCUUGCCACAACCCGCAUUGGCAUAAUCAACUAUAGCCAUCAGGUGGAGGAGGUGGCCAAUUUGAAGCAUUUCUCCAGCAAGGAUGACUUCAAGCUGGCCGUGGACAACAUGCAGUACCUGGGGGAAGGCACCUACACAGCCACGGCUCUCCAAGCAGCCAACAACAUGUUCAAGGAUGCAAGGCCAGGCAUAGAGAAGGUGGCCUUGGUCAUCACCGAUGGGCAGAGAGAUUCCCGAGAUCCAAAGAACCUGACUGAGGUGGUGAAGGAAGCCCGGAACAUCAGUGUGGAGACAUUUGUAAUUGGGGUGGUGAUGAAAAAUGACCCCAACUUUGACAUGUUCCACCGGGAAAUGAUUUUGAUUGCUACUGACCCGCAACACGUCUCUCUGUUUGACAACUUCUUUGCCCUGCAAGAAAUGCUGAAGCAAAGAUUGUCUCGGAAAAUUUGUAAGAAGUUUGAUAAAUACUUUUAUGAAGUUUUUGGUUCUCCUGCUCUUCAACCUGGACUUGGGAUGUCAGGGGGAAAACUCAGUGAAUCCACUCCGGAGCCGUGGAAGGAGGUUUUGGCAUCGGUCAGUGUCCCUGGAGUUCCGGACGAGGAGAAGGAACCUUCAGAGCCUACAUGGGCAGAUGGCUUGGUUGCCACUACUUCACUGGAGGCCGCCACCCGCCACGGGCCAUUGCUCAGCCCUGAUCUGCAUGGGGCAGAGGCUGUGGAGACCAGAACUCCAAGCCCUACACUGAUUUUACAGCCAGGAAGUCUGGUGCACAAAGAUCCCAGGUGUGGGGAGGCCCUGCAGCCUGGCACCUGUAGGGACUACGUGGUCCGCUGGUACUAUGACAAGCAGGUCAACUCUUGCGCCCGCUUUUGGUUCAGUGGCUGCAACGGCUCGGGAAACAAAUUCAACAGUGAAAAGGAAUGCCAAGAGAUCUGCAUUCAGGACUGAGCAAGGGAAUCGUCUCCAUCAAGAGCCUAGAAAGAGCCUCUGUAACGUCACCGUACUCACCCAGUACAAAUAAAGGACCGCCUUCCAGCGUG